ACACAUCAACAUUUCUCAUCGCAACAUACUACACCAGUUGGUUGUACGCUAUGUUGACCGUACAGCUACCUGCAUACCCGUUCAAUGGUUUCCAAUCUGUUUUGAACGACAGGUCUUAUGCAAUAGGCGUGGUAGAUGGAUGGUCUACCAAAACAGAAAUUCAGUACUCCGAUAAUCCAUUGCUACAACGAGUCUGGGUGGAGUUGAUCAGUGCAAAAGGAGGCGUGGUUCAUAGCAUGGACGAAGGCUUACAGCGGGCACUUGAUGAGCGGCUUAUAAUGCUGAUUAAUCAGCAGAGCUACAUGCUUGACAAGAAUUUCAACAAGAAUCUCUUCUCCGUCAUGCCUGGUAUUCUCUUCAAGUUUCCUUCAGGCUAUUCCGUGGCAAAAGGGUCUCCGUACAUUGAGUUACUGAACAAAGGGUGA